AUGGCGUCGGCCGCAGACAUCAUCACAUACGUCGGGGUGCCCCUCGCUGUGUUGGGAGUCUUGCCGAUCUUGUACACUUCUGUUCUGGCAGUGCUGACCCAACGUCGAAUCCGAGCGUCCCUCAUCGAUCACGGGCAUCUUCCUCUUAGCGCGGCCCGCCCUCACGAAGGGUUCACCACUCGUAGUUCGCCCAUGACCAGUCUCAUAGAAGUUGAGCUGCCGAGGUACACAAUUGCUCCACUCGAGAGAGGCCACAAUGAUUACUGGAGGAACACAAACAUUGGACAAGAGACGGACGGAGAACACCACGGGUUGUUGGAUAGGGCAGAGAGCACCUUGACAAUGGUGGAGGAAGGAAGAGUCCAUGGAUUUCUGCGUGGUGGAAGUUGGAGGGCGUUUCAUUGGAAGAGAUUGAUUGUUGGCAGAAAGCUGUACAGAAUACAAUAUGAAGAUGAAUUGCGAGAGCCCCCGGCUGAAGUAGAUUUUCAGGAACUCGUUCAUUUCCUUCUCGAUUGGGGUGCGGUUCCGGAUUCAACCGGUUGGGAAAAAUUGAGGUCAGGCGGACUGUGGACCCCUGCUGGGACAGUGCUGUUAAGGAAAUCGGACGAGCAUGAUGAAACACGCAAGCAUGUGGACUGGGUCUUGCGAACGACUAUGCCGGAUGACAGUGACGGCAUUUUGAGUCUGACUAUCAAAUGGUCUCGUGAUUUGACAGACGUGGCGCAGGUGCGCGGCAUUUCCAGCCUUGCUCCCGGCUGGGGACGGUUAAAACAGCCCAAGUUGCUAGAAGCAGGUCAGAAAGUCAAGGCUGAACAACAUGACCUGGCAUCAAGGGUGGACGAGCUGAAAAAUGCCAACAAGUUCAGCAUGGACAGCACCAGUUUUCGUUUCCAGACCGAAGACAACCUUGUGUUGAAGGUUUUCUGGGAGAAAGACCACAUUGAAAGUGGAUUCAGCAGUGUUCCAUUUGAGACAUUCGAGUCGCCGACAGCAGCAUCAUGGUUCACAUGCUGCUCAUCCGCACUCUUGUCACAGGGUCACGGUGAUGGUGUUCUCUGGGCAUACGAUGUCCCAGCUGACAUCAGAACAUUCGUGAGAAAAGAUUCGAUUCCCUGCGGAGUGAUGGUGAUUUUGGGAUUGCUGUCCGAAACAGAAGCUCCACAUUGGUCAUCAGACAAGGAAUCAUCCCCUCGACAUAUCGGCAUCAGCAUGGCACAGCGACAUGCCCAAAGAUUUCAAGCUCAAAUGGCGGCCGAAAGACUUGAAGCUAGCAUGCCUCCAGAGCAAGCUAGAAUCCAUCGAAUGAAUCGUCAAGCCGCCGAACGACAGGAACAGCAUAAUGACAUGAUGACAUCACUGGCACAGAAACGAGAGAAAGAUGAACGUCGAACCAAGGACGCAGUGGGAAGUUCACGAAUGAGCACCAAAGCUGUGGCAGGAGGAUGUUUGGCAUGGUUGAUCGAACAAGGUGAAGUGGGUCGUGAUUCGACAUUGUAUCAAGUCGCGGAAGCUGUCUUGUAUCUCAUGGUGGUGGAUCAGAGUAUGAGUGAAGACGGUGAGAGUAGGAAGAUUGUCAAGGUGUUGGAAGAAUGGCAAUCAUGGGCCCUGGUGGGUGGGAUGAAGACUGAACAAGUCAAGAUGUUGGAGGAUUAUAAAUCAGCAUUCUGCUUUGCAGCCGUGUUGGUGGCUGUGGUACAGGAACAUGUCACUACGAUGGGAGGAGUGGGACGGGCGGGAGUUGAUAUGUUGGAAUGCCUCCGAUUGUGGAGAAAGGUGAGGUUGGGUUGACU